AUGUUGUCAAAUCCUCUCCGCCGUUAUUCUGCGUAUCCCGACAUCUCUUCGGCGUCAUUUGACCCGAACUACCAUGGGUCACAGUCGCAUCUCCACUCGAUCAACGUCAACACAUUCAACAACAACCACCCCUAUCCCAUGCAGCACCUUUCACAACAUGCGGAACUAUCCAAUUCGCGUAUGAUAAGGGCCAGCCCGGUGCAGCCAAAGCAACGCCAAGGCUCCCUUAAUGCUGGCAGGAAGAAUUCAACGGGUACUGCUGGGCCCAUCAGGAGGAGGAUCAGUCGCGCUUGUGACCAGUGUAACCAGCUGCGUACCAAGUGCGAUGGCUUACACCCAUGUGCCCAUUGCAUAGAGUUCGGCCUUGGCUGCGAGUACGUCCGAGAGAGAAAGAAGCGAGGCAAGGCUUCGCGCAAGGACAUUGCUGCCCAGCAGGCCGCGGCAGCUGCAGCGCAACAGUCCGGCCAGGCCCAGGAUGGCCCAGAGGAUCAACAUCGCAAACUCUCACGCCAGCAGAGCGAGUCUUCACGUGGCAGCGCUGAGCUUGCCCAGCCUGCCCAUGACCCGCCUCAUGGUCACAUCGAGGGUUCCGUCAGUUCCUUCAGCGAUAACGGGCUUUCCCAACAUGCUACGAUGGGCGGCAUGGAUGGCCUGGAAGAUCACCAUGGCCACGUUGGAGUCGAUCCUGCCCUGGGAAGAACUCAGUUGGAAACGUCGUCGGCAAUGGGCUUGGGCCCGUAUGGUGAAGUCCACCCCGGCUAUGAAAGCCCCGGUAUGAAUGGCCAUGUGAUGGUGGCCCCGUCGUAUGGUGCCGGGCAGACCACCAUGCCCGGGUAUUCCAGCAUCUCGUAUGCUGCGCAAGCCCCGAGUCCGGCUACUUACAGCAGCGACGGCAACUUUCGACUCAGCACCGGCCACAUCCACGAGUACCCGUUGGCAAAUGGGAGCUCGCCUUCAUGGGGAGUCUCGUUGGCCUCGCCUUCGAACCAGUUCCAGCUCCAGCUCCCGCAGCCCAUCUACAAGCAAAGUGAUCUGCGAUAUCCUGUGCUUGAGCCCUUGUUGCCUCACCUGGGGUCCAUUCUUCCCGUGUCUUUGGCGUGCGACCUGAUUGACCUGUACUUUUCUUCGUCUUCAUCAGCACAGAUGCACCCAAUGUCUCCAUACGUUCUGGGCUUCGUCUUCCGAAAGCGCUCCUUCUUGCACCCCACGAACCCAAGAAGAUGCCAGCCCGCGCUGCUUGCCAGCAUGCUGUGGGUGGCGGCGCAGACCAGCGAAGCGUCUUUCUUGACGAGCCUGCCGUCGGCAAGGAGCAAAGUCUGCCAGAAGCUGCUUGAGCUGACGGUCGGGCUUCUUCAGCCCCUGAUCCACACCGGCACCAACAGCCCGUCUCCCAAGACGAGCCCCGUCGUUGGCGCCGCUGCCCUGGGAGUCCUCGGGGUGGCCAUGCCGGGCUCGUUGAACAUGGAUUCACUGGCCGGCGAAACAGGCGCCUUUGGAGCCAUAGGAAGCCUUGACGACGUCAUCACCUAUGUGCACCUCGCCACGGUCAUCUCGGCCAGCGAGUACAAGGGCGCCAGCCUGCGGUGGUGGGGUGCGGCAUGGUCGCUGGCCAGAGAGCUCAAGCUUGGCCGUGAGCUGCCGCCUGGCAAUCCACCUGCCAACCAGGAGGAGGGCGAUGGCCUUAGCGAAGACGUGGACGAGCACGACUUGAACAGGAACAACACCCGCUUCGUGACGGAAGAGGAACGCGAAGAGAGGCGGCGAGCCUGGUGGCUUGUCUACAUCGUCGACAGGCACCUGGCGCUCUGCUACAACCGCCCCCUAUUCCUUCUGGACAGCGAGUGCAGCGACCUGUACCACCCGAUGGACGACAUCAAGUGGCAAGCGGGUAAAUUCCGCAGCCACGACGCAGGCAAUUCCAGCAUCAACAUCGACAGCUCCAUGACGGACGAAUUUGGCGAUAGUCCCCGUGCUGCUCGCGGCGCUCAUUACGAAUGUCGCGGCCGUAGCAUCUUUGGUUAUUUCUUGUCCCUUAUGACCAUCCUGGGCGAGAUUGUGGAUGUCCAUCAUGCCAAAAGCCACCCGCGGUUCGGCGUUGGAUUCCGCUCUGCGCGGGACUGGGACGAGCAGGUUGCCGAGAUCACCCGACACCUGGACAUGUAUGAGGAGAGCCUGAAGAGGUUCGCGGCGAAGCAUCUGCCAUUGUCCACGAAGGAGAAGGAGCAGCAUGAGAUGCACGACAGUGGAGCGGUAACAGACAUGCAAUCUCCACUCUCGGUGCGGACCAAUGCGUCCAGCCGCAUGACGGAGAGCGAGAUCCAGGCCAGCAUCGUGGUGGCUUACAGCACCCAUGUGAUGCAUGUCCUCCACAUUCUCCUUGCGGACAAGUGGGAUCCUAUCAACCUGCUAGACGACGACGACUUGUGGAUCUCGUCGGAAGGAUUCGUGACGGCAACGAGCCAUGCGGUGUCGGCUGCCGAAGCCAUUAGCCAGAUUCUUGAGUUUGACCCAGGCCUGGAGUUUAUGCCAUUCUUCUACGGCGUCUAUCUCCUGCAGGGGUCCUUCCUCCUUCUCCUGAUUGCCGACAAGCUGCAGGCGGAAGCGUCUCCAAGCGUCAUCAAGGCAUGCGAGACCAUUGUACGAGCACACGAAGCUUGCGUCGUGACGCUGAGCACAGAGUAUCAGCGAAACUUUAGCAAGGUCAUGCGAAGCGCACUGGCUCUGAUUCGGGGUCGUGUGCCGGAGGAUCUGGCUGAGCAACAGCAACGACGACGCGAGCUUCUUGCACUAUACCGAUGGACUGGUAACGGAACCGGUCUGGCCCUCUGA